CAGCAUCAUGUGAGUGCAAGAUGCAAGCAGCACACAAACAAAUGGCGUGGACACAGGAUCUAUUUUAGUGAACCAGUCACAGCAGCCCAGGAAUCUAUAUAUCUACCCGCUUUGUGUGCGUCUGAGCUCAGAAAAGCUACCAGUCACAAACGCUUAGCAAUAAGGUAAGAGUUUCUCAGUUUUCAUUUUGAAAUGACAAUCAAGCAAUUUAAAAUAUUAAUUUGGGGAUCAGUUUUGAAAGUAUGAAUGUAUGUGAACAAAUACAUAAAAUGUGAUUGUAUUGGCUCAACAAAUACAUUUUGAAAAAUCGAAUCAUUGAUUGAAUUCAUUGAAUUCUACAACUGGACAUCCGUCAUGGCUUAGUUGAAGUGCAACAUUAUUGAAGUUUGGUCAUCUCUUAAGGCUUGAGUUCCAUGGUAAGGAAGGCAGUCACACUGAGCAGCUGCCUAUGACCUUGCACUGAGUUCUGAGACGUUAUAAAUGCCUGGUGACUUUCUAACAUUCAUGUGUUUCUAUUAAGCAUAUAUGUCUUAAAGACACUUCUCAUCAUUUAGAAAAAUGAAAGCAAAAACUUGAAUUCAACGUCACAGCCUUUUAGCCUACUCAACUAACUUGAUUAUUCAAAUUAGUUCCGUCAACAUUUGAAAAAACAUUGACAUGUAUUUUCACAUUGAGAUUAUGAAUAAUCAUAAUUUGUUUUUUUAAAGGAACUGAGAGGAGACAAAACAAGCUGGCACCAUGUCUGAAGCGUAAGAAAUCAACUUCAUAUUUUUAAGACUGCAUUCAAAUUGCGAUUAACAUAUUUAUCCUCAAAACAUUGUAACUUAUUCUUGUCAAUUAUUUUCCCUUUCUUUCUUCCCCCCUGAUUUCAUAGUCCGAAAGCAAAGCCUAAAAUAUCUGCAUCUCGAAGACUGUUCUUGAAGACCAAACUGAUGAAGAGGGCCAUGACCAUGCUAGUCACCGACAAGGAGAACAGGCGACUGGAGCGAGAGAGAGUCCUGGCGGAGAGAGUUCCACCGCUGCAGCUGUCAGGCCUAUCCGUGCAGGAUCUGCAGAAUCUCUGCAAGGAGCUCUCCCAGAAAAUUGAUGUGGUGGAUGAGGAAAGAUACGAUAUUAAUUCAAAAGUGUCCAAAAGCGAACUGGAGGUCCAGGACCUGUCCCAGAAAAUCGGGGAUCUGAAGGGAAAGAUGAAGAGACCCAAUCUGAAGAGAGUGAGGGUGUCUGCCGACGCCAUGCUGGGCGCCCUGCUGGGGUCAAAGGUCAAGGAGUCUGUGGACUUCAAGGCAGCCCUCAAGACGGUGAAGAAGGAGGAUGAGAAGAAAGAAGAGGUCACUGAUUGGCGUAAGAAUGUGGAAUCAAUGUCUGGGAUGGAGGGCAGGAAGAAGCUGUUCGAUGCUGCAUAAAACUGACGUUUUGAGGAGCCCAGUUGUUCCCUGUUCUCUGUGGGUGAAACUCAAUGAAUCAUGAAAGUGCUACAAUGACUGAUUCAUUAACAUCCCAAUAGAUACAGAUGUGUGCGUGGAAGUGUCCCAUUUCCACUUGUUAUCCUCAUUACUCUAGGGGUCGUACAUGUUUUUGAGUGUGAUGUGUUAUAAACAAUAUGCAUAAUUGUAUUAGAAACAAUAUCUCAUGUAGAUAUACAUUGAGGAUGUGUAGCUUCAGGUACUGCACAGUGCUGCUGGCCCAUGUUUGCAGAUGCACUUCUCUUACUCAUCAUCUCAUCUUCUGUGUGGAAGAUGGUACAAGGUACAAGGUAUUUUGGUACAAGCUGAUCAGUUCUUUAACAAUGACGAACGUAUAAUAGUAUUAAAAUAUCAUGAAAAAAAAGUUGCAUUGUAUUUUAGGUGUGUUUUGGUCUGCCAUUUUUGUGUACAAAAAGGCAAUGCUCAUUCCAUCUGCAGUUGAUAUAUAUGAUUGUAUGUUGAGUUAUUAAAAAGCAUAUGAUUUAAUUCGGUACCAAUGUGUCUAAUAUAAUAAUAAAAACAAUCAU